AUGAGGAGGAGGUUUAGGAACGGUGAAUUUCAGAGUUUGGGUUUGGGUUCGGGUUCAGGGCUAGAUUCAGGGUUAUGGUUGUUCCAAAAAUUCAGAAUGAACUCAAUGGAGGAGGGUGAAAUGCAAAGUGAGGGUGAUUGUAUUUUUGUGGUUGUUGUUAGGAAGAGGUUGAUUCUUGCGGAGCUUGUCUUGGGGAAUAAGAAUGGGAAAAAUGAGAGGGAUGAUGGUGGUGAUGGCUCUCUUGUGGUUUUGAAGGAGAUUCAGUGUAUGGAUGGGGUUGGUACUUUAAAUGGAAGUGAGAGUGAGAGAGUGCGAACAAUAUCGUCGUCGUCGGCGUUCAUGGUGAUCUACAUCCUGCACUCGCUCAUAGCGGUGACGUGCAGGGCGCUGAUGAUGUUCUACACGAAGGAGGUCUACACCUUCGGCUACGAAGUCCAGACCGCCACCAAGCUCUUGGGAUCGAUGACACAAGAUCAACUCCUCAUCAAGACCUUCGAUUCCUUCUCCGACCUUCUCCUCGUCGCCAUUGGCUUCCUCUUCUUCACGGUCUCCUUCGUCAAGGAUCGCGAUUUUCAGGUCUUCUUCGCUAAGGGUUGCACGCUUCUCUACCUCUUCAUGGGCAUGUGGAGGAUCUACUUCGAAUGCAAGGUCGAGGAUCUUGCCUGGGAUUGGCUUCGCCAGACUGUCGGUGACCUUUUCUUGGCCCUCCCCUGGGUCUUCUUUCUUGUUUCCUCUUGGAGGGAGAAGUAUGAUUAG